GUUCAGUGUCUCGAUAUCCUUGCGAGAAACAAUUGCGCGGGCCUGUCAACGUAGUCAAGGAAUUAAUUGAUCGUACCGAUCUAACGUAACAGAUAUCAUGUGUCACUUUCGAAGCAGAAUUUUAUCGCAAGAUCGCAGCGUACUUUUUAUCGUCCGGACGAUCUUUUAUUUUAAAUUUGAAAUUUGAGUAAUUAUGCUUGGAUUGUUUCGCAAAGUGCAUACGAUCAAGUUUUUAUUUCGUUCGUUUUUUUUUUAUGAAGUUCGUGUUGCUUGCGCUUUUUAUGUUCAGAAUCUUCGCUUUCUCUUUUUUCCUUGAAUAUAUUUUAUAAUUUCUUUUUGCAAAUAUUUUUAUGGAUUUCAAGCGACACGAACAAUAUUACGAUUCUCGAAGAUAUACAAUCGUCGCGUGAAAAAGGGGUUGCAACGCGCCGUACUCGCACGAUUCAAAAUAAUUCGCGCGCGAAUUUCUCCGGAGCGACGCGAAAUCGGUGAAACUUUCGCGAGGGACUGUAGAGCCGUCGACGCGUUGCCAAAUAAACUUUCCACACGGACUGUAUUAUCGCCUGCGGCGCACGGUGACUUUUGCGCGGUGCUGUAGCGGUGCGCGCGGUCGGUGGCUGUGUUCACUCCGUUGACGAGAUUUUCGUAGCGCGGAAUCGCCGCGCCGGGCGACGUGGUUAAGUUUCACAGAGUGCGGCGUGAGCGAUACACACGUCUCGUUAAAGCGCCUCGCUCGCGGAGACACGUGCGAAUACACGCGGACGUACGUCCGCCGUCAACUCGUAGUUCGUACCCGGCGUUCACAGAAUAAGCACGCAGGAGUGAAAUGUCACGCGAUUGAUAGCGCGUCCGCCAUAACCAGCCCAUCCGGUUUCGCGUCCCCGCCGCCCGAUGGCGGGUUGCGCGCUCGCGCGCGCGCGCCCGCUUGCCCGAAAAAUGGCCGACAAACGAAGAUGUAGCGAUGCGCGUCGGGUUUACAACAGACUGAAAACGCCGCGGCAGCCUUCAGUGCAUAGUACAUGAUGCGGCGGUGCGUGGAAGUGGUGAGAUAGUGAGAUCGACGUCACCGGCGAGCGACAUACCAGGGUAAACGAUGGCCUCCACGCCGAAGACGGAGAAGCACACAGAAGUCGAGGAGCGCUUCGGGAAGGCGCGCGGCGGUAAAUUAGCGCGUCGUGCGCGCUCCUUCAAGGAGGACUUUCUGGAAAAGCUCUCCCACAUGCGUUCUCCUGGUAGCGGCAGCGGUGGCGGUGGUGGAGGCAGCGGAGCGGCCACGAGGGCCGCCUCGCCCUCGUCACCGCGUACGCCGCGUGACAAGAACGCCUCGGGCUCCAACGACUCUGGCACCGCUCUGGAUAAGAAUCCCCUGCGCGACUUGCACAUCCACGUACGGCAGGUGCAGCUAGCAUUGCUUCAUUUUCGGGAUGUCGUAUCCAAGAAGAAGCUCGAGAUGCUGCCCGGGAACGGCACAAUUGUCCUUGAUACCGUUACCACGAUACACAACGCGUUAAAAUCUUAUCUGCUCUACGAAAACAGUUCCACAUUGGGAUCUGCCACGAAUCAAGUGUACCAAGCGUUAGCGCAAUUGCUGAAACUCUGCGACGAUGUGCUGCUGCAUGGUGAUCAAUCUUCCGCUUUGGACACCGAAAACGUGACGCAUGUUAUUGGACUGGUCGAGGAAGCAGUAAAAAAUCUAGUAGCUCUGGCGCAUGAGAAAAUCGCUAAUAAGCAGAAACCUCCGUCUGCUACAAAUAAUAAUAGAACUUCCGGAUAUGGGUCAGAACUAACACAAAGAAAUUCUCUACCGGAUAUACCGUUGACACCAAGAGAACGACAGAUCUUGGAACAAACGGCAGCAAGUAGUAGCUUGGUUCGCAGCUCGCAUAGUUCCGAGUCGAUUUUACGGGAUUCUAGUCCACCCCCGAAACCUCCUCUACCUGACAGAACAAAUGUAUGUUUGUCGGAGGAAAAUAGCUCUUCUGGUACACCUCCUCCGUUACCGCCGAAGAGAAGAAUGAGAACUCAACAGCUCCUCGACGAAUCAGAGGGUCUUCUGGCAUCUAGUCUCGAUAGGGUAUCCCUUCGAAGUCGAUCUCCAGAGGAUUCGUCAUCUCUUCUGAGCGCAUCGGCCGGUAGUUUGGAUUCGGCUCUGAAUCAUUCCCGAGACGAAGAUGAGAUUCGAGCUAUAAUGGGACCAAAUGACGAAUCUUUGAAUGACAGUAUGGACCUAAGUCUCAUGGCUACUAUCCAAGGCAUGCAAGUUAAUGGUACAUCAAACUGUAAUUGCUGGGAUGGUUCUGAAACUAAUAUACCAAGUACUAUGUUGCUAGGUCAACAAACACCUCAAGAAAUGCUUAAUCCAUUUACUGGUAUAGAAGGAAAGAUGGAGCGAUUAUCUACACAAACGCAGGAAUCAGGCUUUGUUUCUAUGCAUUCUCAACGAAGUUCAUCCCAAAGUUAUACCACCGCGUCCAGCUUGACAUCCAAGAGAUCGUCGCAGCAGAGCAGCAUUAGUUAUAAUUCUCAAUCGUAUAGUGCACAGCAACAGUCGUUUUCUCAGACCAAAUUAUCAUCGGACAGUAACGGCUCUAUUUUUACACAGAAGACGAUGAGUAGUUCCAAAAGUACUAUUAGCACGACUAACAUGUCUGGAAAUGGGGACCCAGCUUUAUUAGAGAAACUGGUAAAUGAAAUGGAAUCGAUAGUUACAUCCGAUUCUAAUGGAGCGCCUCCAGCAUUGCCAGAGAAGCGAUCCAAGCGAAGAAAAGAACGACAGCCGUCGCAGUAUGAUAAUGUACCAGAAAAUGAGCAUUUAUCCACUUGCACUUUGCAUACUAGUAACGGAGAUAGUCUGGAUAUCAAUAAACCACCUCCUUUGCCUCUAAAGAAGCGGCAUAUGUUCCAAUCAGUGGCAUAUUCUGUUAUGGCAUACAUGGAGAUGUUCGGGAACUGCUCCCAUAGUAAUAAUGAUUUCAUCUCUGGUCUUGGUACCCGUCAUUCUGUAGCAGCUUACAAUUCCAUGCAAGCAGAAUGGCAGCAACAUGAGAUGUCUCUUACUACAACCCAAUCGUGUUCCUUCAUGACACACACUGUGACUGCUCUACACGAUAAUUCAAGCCUUUCUAUAACUACGACGCCAAGCUUAGUAGAGACAAAUAAUUCUAGUCUGCCUCCGGCAUUACCACCAAAGAGAUCUCGUUCCAUUAAAUCAAACAUUACACCUCCACCAAUAUCACCAAAACCGACCAUUAGCAUGCAGAGUAUUCAUAAUUCGGAUCCUCUUGUGACGUCAACACCUCUAAAAACGGAGGAACCAAUACAUGAAAAGAAAGAUCCUGCACCUUCCACUCCAGUAAAAUUGGUAAACGUUAAUAAUAAUAAUGUUAUUAUGGAUACAGUAUUAUCAUCGUCUAGACCUGCUAGUAAUGCACUUUCUUCCAUAUCAGUUGAUGAAAAUACUCUUGAGCUAAGAGAUAUUGAUCAAGAUGAUAGCAUUUUAGAUGAAUUAGAUAUUAGCAAAUAUUUAGUAUUAAAAAAACCAGAUGAAGAAGGUCCAGAUAUACGUGGUGGACAUCCGGAUGCAUUAUUAAUCCACGCGACAAAAGCAAAUAAACAUGAUGAAAAAGAAUCAGAUUUCCUGUAUCAAGAAGCGUUUUUAACGACGUACAGAACUUUCAUACAACCAUUAGAAUUAAUUCGUAAACUACAUAGACGUCAUCAACGUUUUUCAUGUUCUCCAGAUGUUGUUAAACAAAGAGCCGCACGUGAAGCAUUUUCUUUACUUGUUAGAGUCGUAAGUGAUUUAACAAUAUCUGAUCUUGAUGACAUUCUUUUGCAAACUUUAAUGGAAUUUGUACAGCAAUUAGUGUGCAGCGGAGAUCUUACUAUGGCCAAAGCGUUGCGAGUUAAAAUUUUAGAGAAGCACACUAUGAAGCAAUUACAAGCAGCACAACCAAUUCUCUCGUCUCUAAGUGUUACAACGAAACAAGCUUCCUUAUUAGAUUUUAAAAGCGAACAGAUUGCGGAACAAAUGACACUACUUGAUGCCGAUUUGUUUAUGAAAAUAGAAAUUCCGGAAGUGUUGAUUUGGGCGCAAGAACAGAAUGAAGAGAGAAGUCCGAAUCUUACAAGAUUUACUGAACAUUUUAAUAAAAUGUCAUAUUGGGCACGAUCUAGAAUAUUAGAACAUCGAUUAGAAAAUGAAGCGAAGGAUAGAGAAAAAUAUGUCGUAAAGUUCAUUAAAAUAAUGAAGCAUCUUAGGAAAAUUAAUAAUUUUAACAGCUAUCUCGCAUUAUUAUCUGCAUUAGAUAGUGCACCUAUUAGGAGACUUGAAUGGCAAAAGCACAUUACGGAAGGUCUCAAGGAAUAUUGUGCUCUUAUUGAUAGCUCUAGUAGCUUCCGAGCUUAUAGACAAGCUCUAGCAGAAACACAACCGCCAUGUAUUCCUUACAUCGGACUUGUUUUGCAAGAUCUUACAUUUGUGCAUAUUGGAAAUAGUAAUUUAUUACCAGAUGGCACUAUAAAUUUCUCCAAGAGAUGGCAACAAUUUAAUAUUGUUGAAAAUAUGAAAAGAUUUAAGAAAGGCACGUACUCUUUCAAGAAACACGAACGCAUUAUGACGUUUUUCAACAACUUCAGUGAUUUCCUCUGUGAGGAGGCGAUGUGGCAAAUUUCCGAGAGCAUCAAGCCACGUGGUGGCAAGAAAGCACAGCCGCAAAACUAGAAUAUACCUAACCCUUUCACUGCCUGCGUCUCGAAAGGUUGAAACGAUGAAUUAGGAAGUUUAUAUUUACGUAGGUAUAUACUUUUUGCGGAAAAAAAUAAACAAGAAAAAUUCUAGAACGCUCUAAGAGCGGUGAAAGGGUUAGCGAGUCUAUCCCUAUCCCAUUCGACAGCCUCUGUGAGGUUGUCUUAUGUAUUAUUAAAUCACGUGAAAAUUUUAGUAUGCAAAACUGUGAACUCCAUAUUUAGCACAUUCAAUAUGACACGUUAUUUAACAUUACACUUGCGAGCAUCAAUCAGAAAUCAAAACGCCAAAACUCGGAUUGAUUAGAGAAAAUUUCGAUACGUAAGUAAACUUGAUAUUUAAUCCAGUGCAUUUUAAACAAUCUUUCCGUUUACUACAAAUCAACAUAACGUAUUUACUAAUAACGUAUGAGAAUAUGCAAUCUAUAUACUUAACUACAAGCUGUAACGAUGUUUAUCAUAAUGUUAAUGAAAGAAACCCCGAUCUUCAGC